AUGUCGUUUUCUGCAUCUUUAUUCACGUCAAACAAGGAGCAGGUCGAGAGAAGGUCGAGGGAGGAGCAGGUCAAUUGCGAGAGGUCAAGGAAGGAGCAGGUCGAUGGCGAGAAGUCAAGGAAGGAGCAGGUCGAGGGAAGGUCGAGGGAGGAGCAGGUCAAUUGCGAGAGGUCAAGGAAGGAGCAGGUCGAGGGCGAGGCUAGGUCAAACAAGGAGCAGGUCGAGAGAAGGUCGAGGGAGGAGCAGGUCAAUUGCGAGAGGUCAAGGAAGGAAGCAGUCGAUGGCGAGAAGUCAAAGAAGGAGCAGGUCGAGGGAAGGUCGAGGGAGGAAGCAGGUCAAGAGAGGUCAAGGAAGCUCGAUGCGAGAAGUCAAGGAAGGAGCAGGUCGAGGGCGAGAAGUCAAGGAAGGAGCAGGUCGAGGGCGAGAAGUCAAGGAAGGAGCAGAUCGAGGGCGAGAAGUCAAGGAGCAGGUCGAGGGCGAGAAGUCAUCGGAAGGAGCAAGAGUCGAGGGCAGAAGUCAAGGAAAGGAGCAGGUCGAGGCAAGACACAGCAGUACAAAGGAAGGGAAGUCAAGAAGGAUGAGGGAGCGAGAAGUCCAAGGAAGGAGGGCAGGUAUGAGGCCGCAGAAGUAAGGAAGAGCAGUUCGGGCGAGAAGUCAGAAGGAGCAGGUCGAGGGCGAGAAGUAACAAGGAGCAGGCUCGAAGGCGAGAAGUCAAGGAAGGAGCAGGGUCGAGGGAGAAGUCAAGGAAGGAGCAGAUCGAGGGGAGAAGUCAAGGAGCAGGCGAGGGUCGAGAAGUCAAGGAAGGAGCAGAUCGAGGGCAAGAAGUCAAGGAAGGAGCAGGUCGAGGCAAGUCAAGGAAGGAGCAGAUCGAGGGCGAGAAGUCAAGGAAGGAGCAGGUCGAGCGAAAGUCAAGGAAGGAGCAGAUCGAGGCAAGAAGUCAAGGAGGAGCAGUCGAGGGCGAGAAGUCAAGGAAGAGCAGACAGGUCGAGGGCAAGAAAGUCAAGGAAGAGCAGGUCGAGGGCGAGAAGUCAAGGAAGGAGCAGUCGGAGGGCGAGAAGUCAAGAAGGAAGCAGUCGAGGGCGAGAAGUCAAGGAAGGAGCAGAUCGAGGGCGAGGAAGUAAGGAGCAGGUCGAGGGCGAGAAGUCAAGAAGGAGCAGUCGAGGGCGAGAAGUAAGGAAGGAGCAGGUCGAGGCGAGAGUCGAGGUCGAGGUCAAGAGAAGUCAAGAGCAGGUCGAGGGCGAGAAGUCAAGGAAGGAGCAGAUCGAGGCGAGAAGUCAAGGAGCAGGUCGAAGGAGCAGAUCGAGGGCAAGAAGUCAAGGAAGGAGCAGGUCGAGGGGAAGUCAGGAGAGCAGUCGAGGCAAGAAGUCAAGGAAGGAGCAGGUCGAGGGCGAGAAGUCAAGGAAGGAGCAGAUCGAGGGCGAGAAGUCAAGGAAGGAGCAGGUCGAGGGCGAGAAGUCAAGGAAGGAGCAGGUCGAGGGAAGCUGUCCACAGGGCGAUCUCAGGGUGCGUGAUGUCCGCCGCGCACACUGGCUGACCUUCUAA